AUCAAAUAUGGAACCACCUUUUAGCAAUGAAUGGAAAAUCAUUCCAAGAUUGCAUUUUUGCUAGAAGAAGCUCAAGAAACAUCACCAUGCCAAGCAAAGCAUUCACCUUAUUCCAACUGAUACUUGUAACAUUUCCAACCAUUUCAGCUUUGAACCAAGAAGGCCUGUCUCUUCUAACAUGGCUUUCGACUUUCAACUCCUCGUCCUCAGCCGGCUUCUUCUCUUCGUGGAAACACACUGAUCAGACUCCAUGCAGCUGGGAGUUCAUCAAAUGCACAGAUCAUGAAUUUGUCUCAGAAAUCACUAUCACAUCCAUCCAUCUCCCCACCACAUUCCCUACUUUCGUGUUCUCCUUUGCGUUCCUUCGUGUUCUUGUCCUCUCAAACACAAAUCUAACUGGUGUAAUCCCUUCUUCUGUGGGAAACUGCUCCUCCCUCAUCACUUUAGACCUCAGUUUCAAUAGCCUCACAAAGAGUAUACCACAAGAGAUAGGAAAACUAGCAUUUCUGCAGCAACUAUCUCUGAGUUCCAACUACAUAGAGGGACAGAUUCCAAAAGAGAUAGGAAACUGCAGCAAUCUCCAGCAGCUUGAACUCUUUGACAACCGGCUCUAUGGCAACAUCCCAAAAGAAAUAGGCCAGUUGACAGUUCUUGAAGUCUUUAGAGCAGGUGGAAGCCUCAUUGAUGGAGAGAUUCCACCUCAGGUAUCAAACUGCACAAGGCUAACCUUUUUAGGCCUUGCAGAUACCUCAAUAACUGGCCGGAUCCCGGCUACUUUAGGCGCGCUGAUGGAUCUCAAGACGCUUUCGAUAUACACUGCAAACCUGACUGGCUCCAUCCCACCAGAGUUGGGUAACUGCUCCAGUCUUGAGAACUUGUUUGUGUAUCAAAACCAACUUUCUGGUGAAAUCCCAACAGAAAUUGGGAGGUUGAAGGAUCUAAAGAGAUUGCUUUUGUGGGAGAAUCAUCUCAUAGGAAAAAUCCCUCAAGAUCUUGGAAACUGCUCAUGUUUGACACUGAUUGAUCUCUCAAUGAAUAUUCUGUCUGAAGGAAUCCCUCCAUCUCUUCAAAAACUAGCCAAGUUGGAGGGGCUGCUUUUGUCGGAUAACCACUUCAACGGUGCAAUACCAGACUAUAUAGGCAAUCUGUCUAGCUUAAAACAGCUUGAAGUUGACAACAACAACAUUUCUGGAGGGAUUCCAUCUACCAUUGGUGAACUGAGAGAACUCACUCUAUUUUUUGCAUGGCAGAAUCAUCUCAAAGGAGAUAUACCGGUAGAGCUAUCGAAUUGCAAGAAACUUCAAGAUCUAGACCUGUCUUAUAACCACCUCACUGGGACAGUUCCAAGACAGCUUUUCAAUCUCAAGAAUCUAACUAAGCUCCUGCUGAUUUCAAAUCAACUUUCUGGUAAAAUCCCAGCUGAUAUUGGCAACUGCAGCAGCCUAAUCAGGCUACGCCUCGGAUCAAACAUGCUGGAAGGAGACAUACCCUCGGAGAUAAGGAUGCUUGAGAGUCUUAGGUUCCUUGAGCUGUCUGAAAACAGGUUUUCCGGGAAAAUCCCUCCUGAUUUAGGCAGCUGCAAAGAGCUGGAGCUGCUUGAUCUCCACGGAAACAAGCUUCAAGGGGAGAUCCCUCUGUCUUUCGUAUCUCUUCAUGAACUGAACGUCUUGGAUCUCUCCAUGAAUGAGAUAUCAGGAAACAUCCCUACAAGCAUAGGCAACCUCUCAUCGUUGAACAAACUUGUGCUGAGUGGAAACCAAAUCUCGGGCUCUAUUCCUCGUUCGCUAGGCCUAUGUAUGGGCUUGCAGUUACUUGAUCUUAGCAGGAACCGACUUAGUAGCUUCAUCCCUGAUGAGAUUGGUCAUCUCCAGGAAAUGGACAUACUCUUGAAUUUGAGUAUGAACUCCCUAAGAGGAGCCAUCCCGGAAAGCUUUUCGAACUUUUCAAAGCUUGCCAACAUGGAUAUAUCUCAUAACAUGCUGGAAGGAAGCCUGCAAGUCCUCAGCAACAUGGACAAUCUUGUUUCCUUGAAUGUUUCAUACAACAACUUUUCAGGUCAAGUUCCAAAUUCUAAAUUCUUCCAGAACCUUCCUUAUGAUUCAUUUGCUGGUAACAACAACCUAUGUUUUGUCAAGACCAACUGCUUUCCUAGUAAAGACAGCCGCCACGCAAAGAGAUAUGUUAGGAAUCUGACCAUCCUCAGUGUCUCCAUUUUCAUCAUAGUUCUGAUGAUGGCAACAAUGUAUUACUACAACAGAACCCGAGCUUCUAAUGACGACGAAGAAAAGGGACUUCAAUGGGAAUUCACCCCUUUCCAAAAGGUCAGCUUCUCAGUUGAAGAGGUUGUGACACAACUCAGAGAUGCAAACAUUGUGGGAAAAGGCUGCUCGGGGAUUGUCUACCGCGUUGAGACUCACACGAGGGAGCUGAUUGCAGUGAAGAGACUGUGGCCAAAGACAGCAGAUGAGAUUCAUCAAAGGGACUCAUUUUCUGCAGAAGUCACAGCGCUAGGAUCAAUAAGGCAUAAGAACAUAGUAAGGCUUCUAGGGUGCUGUGACAAUGGGAAAACAAGACUGCUCUUGUUUGAUUACAUUAGUAAUGGGAGUUUGGCAGGAUUGCUUCAUGAGAAUAAAACAUUUCUUAAUUGGAAUGCAAGGUAUAAUAUCAUCAUUGGAGCUGCACAAGGGCUGGCUUAUCUACACCAUGAUUGUAGCCCUCCAAUUGUUCACAGAGAUAUCAAGACCAACAACAUCUUGGUAGGUCCUAUGUUUGAGGCUUUUCUUGCAGAUUUUGGUCUAGCAAAGCUAGUGGAUGAUUCUUCAACAGAUUCAGGUGUUGUGGCAGGAUCCUAUGGUUACAUAGCUCCCGAAUAUGGAUACAGCUUGAAGAUAACAGAAAAGAGCGAUGUGUACAGCUACGGCAUUGUGCUGCUAGAGGUGGUGACGGGGAUGGAGCCGAUGGAUGCCCGAAUACCGGAGGGGAGGCACAUUGUGACAUGGGUUUAUGAAGAGCUCCGAAGUAGAGUCGGAGAUUUUGCAUCCAUUGGUGAUGAGCAGCUGCUGCUGAAUUCGAGCACACAAACAGAAGAGAUGGUGCAAGUGGUAGGGAUAGCUUUGCUGUGUGUGAACGCUUGUCCCGAUGAAAGGCCUACGAUGAGGGAUGUGGUGACGCUGCUGGAAGGGAUCAGGCACCAAAAUGAGGAGUCUGAGAAAGCAGCAGCUCAAUGUUCCAGUUUUUCUAGGUCGUCUGAGCCGCUUAUUGUAUCGCCUCUUCAUUCGCACUAGAUUUUUUAUUGGAUGACUGAUCGAUUUCUAGAUUUCAUAGAUCGAUUUCUAGAUUUCAUCGUAAACUAGUUUGAUUUUUCACAUAAAUUAUACGUAUAUUGCACUAUAUUUAUUUUCUUGA